AUGUCUUCUGAUGCAUUCGCGGAGUUACGCGCUUGGCUCCAGGGCACCGCAAGUACGAGCACUGAGGAAUCAUUCCUCGCAGCAAGUCCACCGCACCGCCAGGAGCCGCACGACGGGGCAGAUGCGCCCAAAGGUGACGAAGACCUAGAGGGUCUCUUUGCCAAUUUCAACUGGGAUUUAUCAUCGUAUGGAUUGCCGGAGCCCCUCAGCUUUGAGGACCUCUCCCAGAAGGAUGCCACCAUAGGGAUCAACCCUAUGGACACGCUCCUUCAACCCCAGCCCUGCAGUGUCCAAGCGCACACACCCACACACGGACACGGGAAUUUCGUGGAAAAUCCGCUGUCACAGGCGGAGCAUCCGUCCGCGGUCCCCUCGGGAUUCGCCCCAUACGGUGCGCUGUCCUCGGCGAUCGGACCUUGGGCGGCUCCACUCGAUCCAUAUCAAGCCUACUACGAAAGCUGGCUCUAUCGGUGGUAUACUGCAAGCCCAUCGCAUGUUGCGCUGCAUAGCGUAACCAGCGAUCCCACACCUGGCCUGCAAUUCACAGGGCAGGCUGUGAGAAACACAGAUUACAUCAACUACGGCAACGGCGACGACGUCAUCGACGCUCCUGCGCCGCGCGCUCCCCGUCGCAAGAAGGCCCGCUCUGGUACUCGCAAGGACGCCAUCCGCCUGUUCGUCGCUAGACGAUCCAAGCUCAGGAAGCCCACUUCCCACAACUACGGAUGUGGACAUUGCGAUGCAUGGUUCACUCGCAUCUAUGACCGCCAACGUCAUAUGCAAACUGGCUGCGCCAAUGGCGAACAGAAGGAAUGGCAGUGUCCUCUCUGUUUCAAGAUGUACUCGCGCAUCGACUCGCGCGCGAGGCAUUGCCAGAGCCUGCACAAUAUCGUCACACAAUGCCAAUGUACUUCGCGCAACGAUGCGAUGAUUCCCUCGUACAUAUCACCUGAGGCAAGACAAGAACCGAUUGAUAUGACCGUCGGGAUGAACAUGAACAGGUAUCGGACGAUUAACGCGGAAGAAAUGUACGAUGACAGAGACAGGGUCGGUAGUAAGGGUACAAACGCGCAGGAUUAUGACUACGGCAUGUGGGCGUAUAUACGACCGCAACGCAUGAUAUAUCAUCUCUCACGCGAGCUCGAGAAAACAGUGCACAUAGGAACCCCAAAGAGUAUAGGGAGAGGAACGACUAUUGAUAGUGUCGCAUUUCGCGUGAUUGACACAGACGACGUGAUCACCGGAAUUGAUGGACUCGAGACAUGCGCUAGUCAAGUGCUCGUCUGUAGGUGCCUUGCGGAGUCGAGGCAUCAGAGUCUGCGGGUGAUUCACGAGUGUUUUGGCAAGCUUUUUGCAACAUCUCAACUUUUGUUGAUAGAACCAGUAUUCCGCGCCACUGGCGCGGUAUACUCGGUGACCUGUCGUUGCUCUGAAGGCGAGCACCUCUCUUGCGGCCCGCCGGCGGCAACGCAGAUUGCCUUUGUUAAGUAUCAUAGCUUGGAGGCGAGCUCGCUAGUGAGCUGGUUCAUCGCGAGUUCCCAUGUAACAGGCACGCUACGAUAUAUCGCUCGUGAAUGCAUGGUCGACGUGCGCUGCCUGCUGUGGACCGAGGAGCAGUAUAAUCUGUUGCGCCUUGGCUCUCUCCCGUCGGAUGACUCGCUGUUUGGAGAUGUUGCAGAAAUUCGUGUGCUCAGAUACCCUCCAGGGCUGUGGCUGGCUGGCACGAGUGCUACGACUUCUGUUGCCAAGGUUGCUGACCAGCCGUGUGUUCCCACAGGACAAUGGGGCAAAAUAGCCCCACGCGAUGGACGAUGUUUCAUUGGCCAAGCCUCCGAGGAUGGGACAGAGAGCAUCCGCCGCUCUCAACUUUCCAGCUACGGCACCCCCCAAAGCAACACGCAAGACACUGCCUGGCACUGGGAGAUUGUCGUCAAAACAAAUCCUUGGGUCAAAGGUACCGGCCAGGCUGUCGGGGAGGCCUUUCACAUCAAGGGCGCGACUCAGGCUAUCUUCACCUACGAGCGGAAGCAAAACGUGAAGUACGGCUCCCCGUCAUCGUUCAAGGGAUGUGUGCUCGUCGGCCACAUUAAUGCGACGGCUCUGGACGCGGCGGACCAGUUGCUGAGCACGGUACCCAUUGUCAACGGAAAUCAUAACUGGAACUGCCAGAACUGGGUGGUACUCGCGAUUUCUGCGCUGGAAAACCAAGGGAGGGCGUUCUUCAAGCUGAACAAGGGCAGGCCAGUCAAGCAGGUGGACCUGCUUGCGAAGAUGAUCCCGCUGGCCACGGCUUACGAUGCUGUGGUCCAAUCUGAGGACGAGCUGUGA